UAUAUUCCAGAGACGAAAGGCAUAUUUGGAUUGGUAUAUAAUAUUACUUUCAGCAAAACCGUAAGUUAUCUUUGAACAUUGUUAAAACUGGGGUAAUGGCUUGUUUAUAAGGGGUAUAAAUUAUACUCUAAGUAUAUAGAGUUUUUGUGCCAAAAACGUAAUUUGUAUGACUAUAAUAUAUAUACAGUAAAAUUGUCAAUUGCAUUCGAAAACAUGCGCUGUUUUGCUCGUAAUAGAAAUAUUAUAAACCUCUUAUAAAGUGGAUUGAAAACAAACCAGCGUCAUUUAAUUGUAUCGCUAUACAACACUGGACUUGGUAAUUUGAUAUACAGUGCAAAACGGUCCAUUGUGAUCUGGAAAAGACAACUACAUGUUUCUUCUCGUAAUAGAAAAUAAUGUUUAGAGGAUGUUAAAUUACAGUGUUUACAUAGAAAGCGAACCCCAAUGUGUAUCACAAUAUAUAAGCCAAUGAUAUUGGUAUAGUCUGGUGUAAAGAGCAAGAAUGCCCAUUAGGCUCGAAAAAAUAAAGAUAAAAAGAUGCAUGGCGUCUCAAAAGUUGAGGAUUCGGUAGCGACAGUAAUUUUAAAUUGUGAAAAAAAUUUUUGACAACAAAAAAGACUUUUGACAAGCAAAGACUAUACAAGACGAGAGAGUCUUUCAAUGUGUAAUCUUGUCCAAAAUAUUUAAUAACAAAUUUUUUCUUAGCCUCUCAGACUUUUUAUUACGAGACGCGGGUGGAAAGUUUAACGCAAGAUGUUUUUAGACAAUAUAUGAAGUAGUUUUUAACUUGCUGAUGGAGUAAACUCCGAAACGUCUUUUUAAUAAAUGUUACGCCUUAUUAUUGGUCUUUAAUAACGCGACAAGCCGACAAAGUCUUGAAACUGUAUAUAUAUGGUUGUAUCACAAUGUGAGUUUUUUUUCGGAAUUUGUAAUUUCUUUCUAUGUGGUUCGUUAAAAUAGGAGCACAACCAACCUCGUGGAUGAAUUGUCGAACAGUCCUUUUUGCUGAGGUUCAAUCCUUCAUUGUUUAUCACACAGAAAUUACAAUACUCAAUAUAAAUAAGUCUAUUUAGGGUGUGAAUGUCGACAGCUCAAAUAUCAUCCUAUAACUUAUAAAGAGAGGCAUUCCAUAUUGCGCAGUCGAUAUACUCUUGAAAGUUGAGAGUUUCCUUCUCGUGACUUUUGAAAAGAUGGGAACUUUUUAACAAAAUCCAUGCUGUUUGCUAACGAUAUAGCUUGAACGAGAGAGUUAAGAGGCCAUUCAAAAAUGCGUCAUUAAAUUUUGGACUUUCAGUUAAAUUCCUCUAUCCUUCAUUCUAUACUCUUUCUUAAUAAGAAGCCAAAGAAUAAGGAGGAUUCUUUAUAUAUGUCCUUGCAUGACCUUUUUAACUAAGCUUGAACAUCAGUGACUAUAUGGCUUGAACCACUUAGCCAUUUACUAACACUACAUCAUCUGUUGUCUCGAGCGUGGGAUUCGAAUUUCGUUGUACUUUGCAGAGUGAGAAUAAUAUGGAACUAGUUUCUCAUAUCUCUGAGAAUGAUUCUGAAUUUGUUCUCCUUUAUUGAUGACAUAAUCUUCGCCAAUAAUCCCCUCUUCUUUCUGUAAUCAACUGUCAUCCGAUCGGGUACUCCCCUAAUCAUCGAUGUCGUAAUUAUUGAUACAAAGCCAGCAUGAUACAAAGCAUGCUUGUUUCAGAGCAUUUUUUAUAUGCCACGAAUCGCAACGUAUUUCAGUUUCAAAAUGUCUGUGGGCCGUGGGAAAAAGCUUAAACGGAAGAUGUGGCUUUCGUGUUUUUUUUGCCAAUUCACACGUUAUGUAGAAAUUUCAGAUUCAAUUUCCUUUAUUAGUUGGCGGAUGUAAAUUAGGGAACAUGUGCACUGUAUGCAAGAAUGAGUAAAAUGUUGAGGGUGUAGUAGAGACAAGUGCCUUUCGAUUUUUGGUAUGUUCACACGCGGUCGGGUUUUCGGAUUCAAUUCUUUGAGGAUGGAAAUGAAUGAACUUGCUCAUUGAGUGGAUGAGAAACACAUGCAAGUCACGUGCACGAAGCGUGGUUUCCUUUUGGUUGUGCGCGACCAUGCACGAUACACACAUAAAAAGGCACAAGUUGCAAACAAGUUGUUACAAAUCUGUUCACAAGCUGUCGACAAGUUGUGUUCGCACUGCUUGUUUCCAGUUGUUGUAACAAGUUUGGAACAACUUGUAAACAAGCUUGGUGGAAUUAUCAGACUUGUUACAAGAUUGUUCUAACAAAUCUGAUAUACAAUCAUGAUAUAACAAGAACGAAAAAAGGUUGACGGCACAAGGUUGAAACAAUAUUGUUAUAUCAUGACUGUAUAUCGGACAUGUUGGAACAAUCUUGCACUACAAUAAUAAUAAUAGACAAUAAUAGACGGUAUAUUUAAAAUACAAUCGCACUAAUACAAGUAAUAGUGAAUUAUAGUAUUUUUACAAGCAUAAAAUUAUGAAGACUACUGUUACUUUUUAAAACUAGGAAUUGGAGAUAUAUAAAAAUGGAAAUUUAGAUUGUAAACCUAAUUGACAACGGUCAUGACUUGUUCAUAGUACGUGAGCACAUAGCUGGGAAGAAACUGUUCUUAAAUCUGUCCGUCCUACACUUAAAUAGGCUAAGAUUACUAGAGUGGCGCAGUUCUCUGCCAUGCGACUCAAUCCGGGUCGGAGGUAAAAUGCGGUUAAGGCGUGAUGAUGGUAUUGUUAUUUUAUCCAAAACCUUCUUACAAAGAGUAUCACGACGAUCGGAUAGACGGGGAAGAGAGGAGGUAGCAAGCGCGGUUGAAUAGGACACUACAAGUCUGAUAAUAUCAACAAGUCUGUUACAAGUUGUUAACAGUGUGUUCCAAAUUUGUUGACAAUUUGGGACAAACAGUGCGAACACAACUUGUUGACAGACUUGCUACAAGAUGUGAGAUUUUUGUUUCCUUGUACCUGAAAACUAGCAAAACUUCGACGUUUCGAGCAUAGGCCCUUCGCUCUUCGCACUGCUUGUCCCAAGUUGUCAACAAGUUUGGAACAAACUGUUAACAACUUAUAACAGCCUUGUUGAUAUCAGACUUGUCGCAAAGUUGUUCCAACAAGUCCGAUACAGUCAUGAUAUACAAUAUUGUUACGACCUUGUGUCGUCAACCUUCUAACAUUCUUGUCAUAUCAUGACUGUAUCGGACUUGUUAGAACAACUUUGCUACAAGUCUGCAUGAUAAUGCGAUCAAGCUUGUUACAAGUUGUUAACAGCUUGUUUCAAACUUGUUACAACAACUGGGAAUAAGCAGUGCGAACACAACUUGUCGACACCUUGUGAUGACAGAUUUGUAACAACUUGCUUGCAGACCUGUAACAACUUGUGCGUUUUUACGUGUGUAGUUGAGAACCUCAAUCCUCAGCUUUCUGGUGUUAUUGUCAAUACCCACGCUGGCAUAGAUCGUUCGAGUUUAGAUCCAUUAACCACUAUGCGACCAGCACCCAAAAUACAUUUAAAACUUGUGUUAGAUAUUUCUAUGGAUUUCGUGACAAACAUAUAAUUACACAGAGAAAUUAACCAUGACCGGGCGCACCUUUUAAAAUUACAAAAAAAUCGCAACCACUCAUUUCUAAAUACGGCAAGACUAUCGAAAGUACAAAAGCAAUUAUGGGUAAUCUUAUUUGAAUAACAAUUGGAAAUCACAAUGCGUACCUCCGCGUAUAUUGUAUACUUAGAAUUCCUCUGCCACAAUUCCUCUUUUUCAGACAGCUAAUGCAAAUUAUGCGGUGUUAAACCAGAUAAAACAUGAAAAAGCUACAACACAGUUUCUAUAGAUCUUUCCAGAAACAAAAAAUUUCUUCAUUGCUGUACACAAACUAUAAUAGUUCAAAGUUCCCUUGCAUAUAGGUCUAUCACUUUUUAAUUUAACUGCAUACUCUUCUUAGAGGUUCAGUUAUUUGGGUCAUUCAAUAUAUAUCUCUAUACAUUGUUUUUCCAAAAAAUGUUCCACAUUUUCAUACAGUUAAUUGAAUUUUGACACAGUUAAUUGAAUUUUGACACUAAGGUUAUAACAUUUGUCUAAUAGUACCAAUUGUUAUGUCUGUUUUAACAUAAAUUCUGAUUCAAGAAUACCCAAAGGAAUUCUCUUCGGUUCAAUUGCUGCAAAAUGCAACUUUUUUUAUGAAAAUUUUCCUCAAUCACAUGUAUAAGAAGAGUGAUUCAAGUAUGUGUGACACUACCAAACACCUUAUAAGGAUUGCUCUUACUGUGCCAAUAAGUAAGUAAGUGGGGUGCACUGGUCAUCCUUGCUUGCGGCUGAGAGCUAAGCUGAAUUACGAAGAACGAAGCUCAACCUGAUCGAGUCAAAGGCUUUCUAAGGGCGCUUCAGGCAGCCACCUUAUGACUCAUAUCUGAUCACGGAGCAUACGGUGGAAGGGUCAAUUAGGGGGCUAAUUCCAACCCACCCUGUCAACUUUCCCUGUGGGAGGAAACCGGAGAAAACUCACGACUUUCGGUAGAGCGUUGACUGAUUCUUUUCACAUAAGGUCAUGCGUGCGUCCCGCGUCCGUAGCUAGAAUCGAAGCCCUAUAUACAAUUAAUGUAUAGUAUAUAUACGUCUAUAGUUUCUGGACCGCUUUGGGAAGAACAUUUUGAACUUGAUAGAGCUAUCCAAUAGAUAUAAAGUUUGUUUUUUGACUGAAACUAACUUUGUUCGCGUGUCCAAAGCUACGUUAUAUAUAUGCUUCACAUCCUAAAUGGUCUAUUUGAGGAAGCAACAUUUGAGCUUUAUUGACAUAACAGUGUUGCCCGGCGCUGCUAAAUGAAGAGAGUCGGUAAUUACCUGAAACACUUGUGGCUAUGUAAAUAUUUAUAUAGCUGGCAAAUUUAUCUCUUAAAAUAGGGGUAUUUUGUGGUUCAAAAGUAUUAUCAAAUUUUCAAGAAUUUUCCAUGGAUUCUUGUAAUUUUAGAAUUAAUUGGCUUCAUUUUUGAUACGGUUUAUCUAGUUUGUACUGAGAUCAGUUUCAUAUAUACCCUAUCAAAAAGCGGAGUCUGUUCCCUCGAGCAUUGAAAUCUUAGAAAUCUUUCAAAACUCCUACUGUUUCAUAAGGGUCACAGGACAAGACAAUGAUUAAAUUCAGCAAAUGCAGUUUCUAUAGUUCGAGGCCUUUUGCACAUCGUAAGAUCACGCAUGGAGUCUAGAGGUGUCCUGAAUUGGCUUGAGUGCAAUAUAAUAUAUUGUUGAUAAGUAGUUUUUAUGUGCCAGCCAGCAAAUUUUCAUUAUUUUUCCCAGAAAAACCAGGAAAUAAGUUCAGACUCCAUGCAAAAUAUAUAUUGUGGUUUUGGUUUCGACUCCUUGUCAAUCUUAUGCUUGUCAAUAUAUCUAGUUUCAUAUUGUACAGUCUAUGAGACGAGCACGCCUAAAACUGACAGUGCCAAUUAUUGUUUAUUUUUACAACUCACUUCCUCUCUCUUUGUAUCGCAUAAUAUCUUUUGUAAACCAUUCCUUUUUUGGAACUGAAGAGCUUAAGGAAGAGUUUUAUAUCAUUUUCACCCCACACCCUGUCUGGGAAACGUGUGAAGCAAAGUUCAUUGGAGUGGGAAUUAAGUCUAUUUAUAUUUUAUAAAAUUCUAAGAUUCUAAAAAAAAAGACAAAACUUCUAUCCGGUAUAUCUUUGGUUUUCAAGCCUGUUUUUACCCGAGCCCUACGAAGACAAAGCAUUAACAAUUUUAUUUGUUUUGUUAAAAUAUAUUCCUACAAGUUUGCCCAUCAGGGCACACGAACACAAAUAUGUGUUUAGGCUUGAUUACACAAUCAAGAUCCUAUGCUCACAGCAGGAAUUUUGCAUAGGUAAAUUCUAAGUUUUGAAGGAUUUGUAAAAAAUGGGCAGUUCCCUCAACUGAUUUCUUACAAAUCUCGAUCAAAACUCAGAAUUUACCCACACAAAAUUCCUACUGUGAUCACAUAAACUUUGCCGUAGUGGGCUCCCCCCCACCCCCGUACUACUGCAUGUUAGCCAGACUUUUUACGUCAAAUAGUUUGUUUCAUGCCCGACUGCUUUUUGUUCUAUUUUUGUUCUAUUUUUGUCCUUUUUUCUACGUACAUCUUGUAUUCUGAAAGUGGUCUUUACAAAGAGUAAACAUUGGUUACAAUUACCAAUUACUAAAUCUGAGUCAACAUUCUCUGACAUUACCAAGCGAAAUGUUUUAAAAAGGCUCCACAAUAUUCAGAAAUCCCAUGAUGCAUCAUCAUCAUGAUGUUGGACCAAUAAUGCUUAGAACGACUCUUUAAGCGUUACUUAAUUUCUCUAGACUCUGGAGCUGAUAUAUAUUUACAUAGACAAGAGUCUCGAGAGAUUGGUUUGACCCAUAGGAGUAGGACAUCCUAUAUAUAGAUUUAGUAUCGUGAAAACCAUCCUUGGUAAAGAUUGCUUUGACAACCAAGUUUCUAUUUCAAAGAUCGAAAUCGCUGCUAAUCAUGUUUAGUGGUGCAAUAUUCUACAAAUGUCCAUUCAUUUCCAUGAGGAUAACUUUGUACCUUUGAAUAUGCGGUGAUGUUUAUUAUAUUUACAUAUUGUUCCUCCUAUCACCCACACACUGUUUCCGUUUCCGCUUCUGAGCAUGCACCCUAUAUAGUGUCUAACAUCAAUCUUUCAUUUCUUGCAGAUAACCCUUGAGAAACGCACACGAAAAGAGAAAAAGAAGAAUCUCUAACUUAGACCUACUUUUACACUACAAACACAUUGAUCUGACCGUGUGGGUCAUCUGAAUCAUGAGAUACCAAGAUUGGUGGAUCCUAGCAAUUUGGUAUGUUUUGCUACUAAUUGCCGAAAUAAGUUCCUCAGGCCCAAGGGAGCUCUCGUUGAGAGAUAAAUUUCCGAACAAAGACGAAACAGAAACUUGUGGCACAAUUCGGGAUGUAAUUCAACGCGAUUCUGGACGAUUUCGACGGAUUUUGAUCCGAAAUACCAACGAUCAAGUUGAUUAUAAUAAUGAAGAUGCUAGGCGAAUGACAUCGAGGACAAAAAGUAAAUUGGAUGUAUUAGCUUCGCUGGUUAUCAGCGAGUGGAGAAAUAAUAAAGUUCGUGUGAUCCAAGCGUGGACAGAUCAGGUUGUGGCGUCUGAUCCGACUUCAUUGCAUUACGAAGGUACGCCUUUAUACAUUUUAUAAAUAUCUUGUUUGUUUUGUUCCAAAUAUUUAAGGCUCCUAAGAGAUGCAACUACCUGAAAAUAGUUAUCGAGCGAAGGCCUACGGCUACAGCUUGAAACCGCCGGAACUGUUUUCUGUAUCUUUCUGAUAGUUGCAUUCUUCCACCAAGAAGGAACGAUCUUAUACAAACAACGCAAUGCAUGAUUGCGCAAAUCGUCAUUAUUGACUCUAUAUUACGUUACCACGUUAAUAGCAUCUUAUAAUGUGUACACUAGCUUAUCGCUUGUAUAGAUACUGGGUUAUUUUGCAAUUAUUGACCGAUAUAUUGCAAUUAUAUUUCCCAUAUCCUCCCAGGUUGAUGAAAAUUUCGCUUUUGUGUAAACUGAAAUUUUGUUUAGUCAUGUGCCCCAUGGAGGCAAGUUUUGUGUUUUCAAAUGCUUUGUUGUUGGAUUGCUAGAUAUUUCUAUAUAGUUAAUGUAUUAUUUUUAUCAUUAGUAUCUUAUUACCUCCGGGACAUAAUAUUGUGCAUAACGACGGUAAUAAUUUGUUGCGCCAAGGAAAUAUUAUUUUCCGGUAUGUUUGUAUUUGGUUACAUAUGGCAAUUCUACACUGUUGAUAGUGAAAAAUGUAGAUGCUUUGUGUCUGGUCGGGAACAAAAAGCUUUGAAGGGUGACCGAAUUGCAAAUUAAAAAUAUAUUUAUAUAUAUAUAUAUAUAGAUCUUAGUUAAUUAUUAAUUAGCCUUCCUAAGAAUGCAUGCAUGGCAAUACGUGCAUAAACAUGCCAAUAAAAUGAAUAACAUGUGUACGUUUAGGCCGAUUUCGGAAAAAUGAUACUGUGCAAUACGACUGCACUAUUUAGCCGCCAGCGCUGUUGUUUAUAAAGACAAUGUUAGCCAUGGCGAUUUUGACUGGACCUUUCAACGCAAUUACUUCUGACCCCGCGCCAAGCGGUAUAGAAUUCCUCUGGCAGAAAAAAAAACAUGUAAACGUCGCUGUAAUCUAUUACACAAUAUUUGACACCGAAUCUUGUUUUAAUACACACGCAUAUUGAAAUACACUCAAGGAAAAAUGGUGGGCAUGGCUUGUGUUUUAUACAUUUCGGCCGAAAUCUUUCAUUCUCAGUCAUUUCUUUGAGGCUUUUAUGAGGUGGUUAUGAUGAUGUUUUGAAGUUAUGAAUUUAUGAUGUUAUGAUGUCAUGUUAUAAUGUUUCAACAAAAAUAUUUUGAAGUAAAAUGAUGUCUUUCAAAUAGGUUGAUACUAUCACGUAUUUUGCUACAUAAAAACUUCGAUAAUGUAUCAAAAUCGAUAUAUAUUACAUGGCCUUGUAUGGCCAGUAUGGGUAAGCAUGAUUCUCAAAAAUACCGCGUGCCUUUUGUUCAUCCAUUUCAUUUUUGCGCAACGCCGAAACGACUUGUACAGUUUCCUCAUGCGUCAAAAUUUUAUACAGUUACUGCAUUGAGGAGGCCAGUUGUUCAAAGCUGAGUUACCUUAACCCUAGAACAGCUUGUUUAUAAAUUUGAAAAUAUUUUUUUAGAGAUCUGGUCUGGAUCAGCAUAGCCAUAGGAGUUUUCUUUCCUGAAGUUUUGAAACAAACAGACGUGCAGAAAUACAUAAACUAACACAGCAGGUUAAAUUUUGACCCAGGGUAAUUAGCGCUAAUCCAGCUUAAGUUAAUCCUAUAAGUAGUUCGUGAUAUGUCGAUAACAUUGUAUAUAAUUGUUUACGUAUUAUAUUUGCUGUCCGCAAAUUUUAUUAUAUCGAUUUCACAACUUUUUCACGUCAAAAUUUUAAACCACAAAAAUGAAUUUGCGCAAAAAAACCGGAUGUAUAGCACUAAACCCAGUAUCGUAAAAAAGGCAGAGGGAAGCCCUUUGUAUCAUAAUGAACGAAAUUAACGCAUUUCCUUCUUUUAAUGUUCAAACUAAAUGGUAGCUAAGAUCGAAUGUGACAGCUUUUUCACUUUUUUCGGCACGACUUAAAAGCCGAUAUAUGUUUGCUAUUUCUGACAUAUAUCAAUCAGAUAAAAACGUGUCUUUGUGUAGCUUUUUGAGAGGCGAUAUAAAAAGGAAUGCAUUAAUUUUAUGAUCUGAAAGUGCGUCUUUUGAAAGCGACCUUGUCAAAAAUAACAAUUUUUUGGUUGGCAAAAACACAAUAUUGUUCAUUGUUUUUUGCUUGUAAUACACCCUUUAGAUAAUUACGUCAUUUGGCCUGGAAGCCUUGCUCUCAUGAAUCGUGAGCCAAUUCACUUUGCGUGAUUUACUAAAGAGAGCCAGGCUCCAAGACCAAAAAGUAUGUGUGACGUAUUAUCGAAAGGGUGUAUUAUAUCUUACGCAUUGAAUGUGCAUAAUUAAAAAUAUUGCUCAUAACUAUUAGGGGUAAUGUACAGUAUUACACACAAAAUUAUAUGUUAUGAUACGAGUUCUUGCUAAUUUUACACGAGAAAUGCGAGCGAAAAGCGGACGACUGACUAAAACCGACAUUUAUUGUUUCGUCAGAUUUGAAUCAUGUUUUGAAUGAUGUGUUUGGCAACCUCAAAAGUUAAUAUGGUUGUUAAUUAACCUUUCUCACGCCACCGUUUUUGUGUGGCUUUUGAGCCGAAGUGAGUCUGCGAGAUAAGUCCACAUAACAGCGACUUUUAUGAUUUUUUUGGACGAACGAUGGUAAAUUUGCUUUGUAAAUGGUUAGUUUAUUUUGAAAAAUUGCUUUUCACAUUUUAGUUCUCUGUAUUGGUUAACGAGAAUUAUAGAUGCCACCCAAAAAUGGCGGAUAUCCGUCAUCGUAAGAAAGGCUAAUUGCCAUGAAUAUUUGCAUUCUACUGAUGAACUUUAUGCGUGUCUUUGUAAUAUAAUUAAUCCCGCGUGCUUUACAAUAGCAUGCCCGUUUGACGCAAUUCCACUUCUUAAACGUGACUUAUAGAGCCCUAGCUGUUGAAACGAGUCCAACAUGGCCAAAAUUGUUGAUCAGCCAACAUCAAGCAACACUUCCCAAACAUAGUCUUCAAACGAGGCCAACAAUUAUGAAUCCAGCAUUGGCCUUAAUUUAACGAACACAAAAGUCUUAAUUAUGCAAUUAGAAGAUAAUUGAGACUUCUGUGCUUGUUCCCCGAAAUGUUUCCUUUUUUAGAGCUACAGGUUUUAAAAUGAAACUUCUAAAUAUUUAGAAGUUUGACUACAUUCUGUGAAGCGCGAAUGAAACGAGAAUUAAUGAGAGUGCAUAUAUGAGAGUUGGCGUCACGCGAUCUUGUUUGGCUGUUCUUAAUGCUUUCCAAACACUAUCAUGUAUUCUAUUUAAGUUGAAACACAGUUGGAACACUCGUUAAACCUUUAUCUAAAGUUUUAAAGUGUACCCUGUAACAAUUUGUGACUGCAACUCUCGUCUUCGUUUGAUCAGGACUUUAUUGUUUAAAAUGAGAAGGGCUGUAUCAUUCAUGUUGCGACAUGCAUUGUUGGUCCAAGGGUAUAGAUUGCAAUUUCAUCUGUUGACAUUUUCUUAGUUUUUGUUGACUAAGGGUAAAUUAAUUAAGUCCGAUAUCGGAUGAACAGAUGAUGGCUUGAGGAAAUAAUUCUUGUUUCAAUUCGCCGCCAUACAUGAUGCAGCCUUUUAUAUAUGGAAUGGGAAAUUUUCAGUAAACCGCCAAGGAGUGCUUUCCAUUUAAUAGGAAGUUUAAGCCUCGCGUUUCCGGGAACGGCAAAUUGCAAGUUUGAAAUUUCUUGGCAAAAUGUUCGUUGAACGUUUUCGUUUCAUAUUUUCUCUCUUGCGUCGAAAGAGUAAUUAUGUAUUUCAGUUUUAAAACAGAAAGUUCAUUUACUCUUUAUUGCCUGAUACCGUAAAAUUUUUCUUUGCCUGCCGUUUGACGUAUAACGCGAAGCUUAAACUCUCUAUUGACUUGACCGGUCAAACCCGAAAUUUUGUCUCUGUAUCAAUGGAAAGAUCUGGUCUAUGUUUCUCAAAUAUCAAGCGAAAAUGGAUCUUAUAACUUUUCCGGUUAGAUAGGUCUGCCGAAGCCCAAACGUUUUGUGUUCCAUUCAACAAUUUGACCGUUCUGACCGUGUUAAUGGAAAGCGCCCCGUAUUAUUGCACUGCAUUAAAUAGUGCUGCUCGUUUCCGAUCUCGUUUUAUAAAUCGCAAUGUUGACAAAUUAUUUUAUCGUAUAGAACAUUACUAUAUCGACCUGUUUCAACAAGUAGUCUAUAUGAGCUGAAAUCCUGUGUCACAUCCCUUGCGAAUGAUGAUACAAUAUAUACUUGUUAUGCAAAAAAUUUAUACACUUGUAAUACAAAAAAUUAACACUUGUAAUACAAAAUAUAAUACAAUUUCACUUGUGUUUAAAUUUUAGGUCGUUCAGUACGGCUUCAAACAAAAGAUAAAGACAAGAAGAAACUUGGUCGUUUGGCAGGACUUGCUAUUGAAGCUGGCUUUGACUGGGUCGAGUAUACAGAUUCGAAGUACAUCCGGGCUUCUGUUAUCCCGGAUGGUAAGUACAGUUUUAAACCUAUAUACUGUCCAGUGAGAGUCAUUCCUUAAGCCAAAAAACUGAAUAUAGGCCGAAUGACUGAAGUUGUCACUCCAGAUUAUAUAUAUAUAUAUAUAAUCACUUGCUAGAGUCAAACUGGUACCAUUCUUCUCACACGAGACUGGGGUGAAACUAAUAUAUAUAAUCACUUGCUAGAGUCAAACUGGUACCAUUCUUCUCACAACUAUUAUAAUCAGACAACUGGAUAUGUCGGAUAUUGCAGAAACUCAAAUCUCAGUCACAGGGACGAAAGACUCCGUGCACUAACACUGCUAUCUACUGCUUCACUAAGUUCAGGGUGUCCAUGCACGGGCCUUGAAAAUCCUGGAAAGUCCUUGAAUUGGAAAAAAAUAAUUCCAGGACUGGAAAGUCCUUGAAAAUCCGUAGAAGUCCUUGAAAGUCAUGGAAUUAAUUUCCUUAAUUUUCGGUAACCACUGAGUAUUCUAAUAAAAUACAAUACAAUGGAAACUUUUCCAAAGUAAUGUAAUUUCCUUAACCUCCAGCUGUGCCAACUUUAGUGAUUUUGAUUAAAAUGACUGAAUAAGGUGAAUUAUUUACGGCAAAUCUGUGCCAUUUUCAAAGAUUUUUCCCAGUUCUAGGUCCUUGAAUUUACUGAAAAAAGGGCCUUGAAAGUCCUGGAAAAGUCCUUGAAUUUCACCUUCACCAAAGAGUGGACACCCUGUAAGUUAUUUUUUCUUCAAAUUACUAGUUUGUCAAACGUCAGUGGACCUCGUAUUCGUUCUUGAUAACUCGGGAAGUGUGGGCGCGGAAAAUUUCAAAAAAGUGAAAGAUUUUGUCAAGCGUGUUAUAGACUUCUUUAACAUCGGCGCUGAUGGCACUCAUGUCUCGGUGGUCACUUAUGACACAGAUACACAUAUUGAGUUCAAUCUCGUCAGAUACUUCACAAAGAAUGCGUUGAGAAAUGCGGUGGAUGACAUUCAAUAUCAUGGUUUUUUGACGUACACUGGUGAAGCCUUGAACACGGUCAGACAGAACGUUUUCACUACAAGGGCUGGCAUGCGAGACGAUGAUGGUAAGUUUUGAUUGGAUGGUUGAGGUCACGUGUCCUAUUUAUUGUGUGCUGAUUGGUUUCAUUCACAUCUCUCUCUUCCUCCAGGUAUCCCGAAGGUUUUAUUAUUGCUUACCGAUGGCUACUCAAAUGGUAUAAAACCACUCCAACCUGCCGAUCAACUGCGAGAUUUAGGUGUCAGUAUUUUCAGUAUUGGUGUAGGACCAUCCGUGUCUCAGUCAGAAUUGAAAGAAAUUGCUUCAGACCCCGAUGCAGAUUAUGUGUUCACGCUUAGAUCCUUUAAUCAGUUGGCUAGUUUUGUGGAUAGAGUCAGUUCUGUGUCGUGUAGCGGUAAGUUUCAUUAGAAUAUACCCUAUUAAAGGCACAGUUCAGCUUUUUGAUUGAUGGUUUUUAAGGCGCAUUUCAGCCAUUUAAAUUGAAAAACUAACUAGGAAAAUCAAUGAUGCAUAAUUCAAGAUGAGUAAACUCAAUGUUUUUAACAAUAAAAUGUUUUAAAAUAUUAAAAACAUUAAGUUUGCUGAUCUUGAAUUGACCAUUUACAUUAUAGACUAAAUUUUGGUCUAGACAAAAAUUUCAUCACAGCUUGAAAGAGCAUCACAACAUUAAUAAUAUUCCAAAGUUUCGUUGCGAAAUGUUGUAAAAUGGGGAUAAUAUAGCCUUGCGAAAUUUGCAAUUUUCAGUCAUUUUGUAUUACAAACGGGAAAUUGAUGCCCCAACACCCGAUUGGGCUGUCAAUUUCCCGUUUGUAAUACAAAAUGACUGAAAAACGGCAAACUUCGCAAGGCUAUAUUAUCCGCAUUUUACAACAUUUCGCAACGAAACUUUGGAAGGUGAUGAAAUUUUUGUCUAGACCAAAAUUUAGUCUAUUAUGCAAAUGGUCCAUUGUGCUUAAUUGAUUUUCCUAGUUAGUUUUUUCAAUUAAAAGGGCAGAAAUGCGCCUUAAAAACCAUCAUUCAAAAGGCUGAACUGUACCUUUAAAAUAGCUGAAUUCAAGCUAAGUGUUCAUGAGAGUCGACAGUCACGCGACCUUGGUCAGCUGUUCUUAAUGCUUUCCCAACACUAUCAUGUAUUUUUUAUUGAAGUUAAAACAUAGUUGGAACAAUCAACAAACCUUUAUUUUGUUUAUCAAGAGCUUGAAAUGUCCCCUGUAACAAUGAGUGACAGCCAACUCUCAUCAAUGUCAUCCUCGUUUUACCGGGGCUUUUUCCCUCGUAGGUGAGCAAGUUUGACAGAACUCCAAUGUGACGGUGUAUAUUUUUUAUCAUUUAGAGGGAUCUCUGAUUAACUCGUGCAAAGGUGCGGAGACAACUGUCGAAAGUGGUUCAUUUAAAUAUUUCCGAACUACAUUUGAUGUCGUCACAAAAGACGAAGUCAGUAUCGAAGUCAGGGAUGUGACUGGUUAGUAUAUAAAACUACAUUGAUGUAAUACAUCACAGAGAUGGGAGAAGGAGUUUAUUAUUAUUAUACAUUUGAUAUUCCGUUUACAUAAACCUAAAUGAAAUUUUCAAAACAAUGAAAAGGACAUUGUAAAUGAAAAGUUGAGUUGAGUUGAAGACGUUUAUGUAAUGUUUACAAUAUGAGCGGCCGUACAACAACACGGACGCGAAUGUUGUAAACAACUUAAAAAACGACUCAUCUUAUGAGUUCAUUGGCGAAGUAAUUUUAAAAAUAAACGUUGUCUAAGCCGAGAAAAUCAAAGUUAAAGUUUAUGUAAAUCAACAUGAAUCUGUAUCACAUAUACAGAUACGACACGCUUAUGAUUUUUCUUUGUGUUUUCUUCAUGAAUUAUUAAUGAGUUUUUUAAUUGUAUAUAUUGUUCACGUUUAUUACAGUGGUAUCAACAAUAAUGUUUUUUCUUCAAUUAGGUCUCAGUCAUUUAUAUGCAUCUGGCACAAGUAAAAAUCCCGGACCAUUGGACUCGGCUAGUGUGAAGAAUGAAGAAGACACAAAUCCCAGGGCUGUUUCAGUGACCGUCGAUGAUGACACGAAGGUAAAAUGCAUGUUAGUUUAAUUUAGGUCUCCUUUUGUAAUAACACUGGAUAAAUAAAAAUGACUCUUAAUCGACUGAGAUCCAUUAAGAGAGAGCUUUCUACAACUGAUAGAGCUAUCUAGUAACAUAAAGUUUAGUUUAGGUUUCCUCCUGUAGUAACACUGGAUCAUUAUGGGAAGAACCUUACAGGGCCUCUAGAGAAAACACAUUAGAACAGAGCUAACCGAUGUAAAAGUUAGUUUAGAUUAGUUUCCUCCUGUAGUAACAAAGGACAACCAUUACUUGACCAGGUUUAGAACUGAUAGAGCCGUAUCAACGAUAAACAAAGCUAGUUUAAUGUCCAAUGACAUCAAAUCUCAUCCAUGUUUCCAUUAUUUAGACGGUGUAUGUCGCUGUGCAAGGUCAAAAAGACACUAAUCAGUUUAGUUUGUCAUUUUGGGAUAACUUAUUUGUAAACAGUGGAACUUUCCAAGUUGAUGUCACGGAAGGUCUCGAUCCCCACGAUAUAAUAACUUUAAACAUGGUGCAACAUUCCUACGAGUAAGUAUGAGUAUGAGUUGAAAUAUUUUAAGAUUUUUUUCUGGUAGCGUAGGAACAAACAUCGACAGGUUAUUAUAGAAUACUACCUACAUGCACUAGGUUCCUAUGUUUGAGAUUUUUUCUGGUAUACUUGCUACUAUCCAAAUGUAUUCAUGUUUUGUAAUAUUUUUUCAGCCUAGAGUUCAUGAUUUCCGACGGUAACGAAUCAUUGUUCAGUGUUGGAGAGACAAAUUCUAUUCCCAAACUCGCGACAAGAGUAAAACUCGACUAUGAAACCAGCCCUAAAUAUAGUGUGGUCGUUGUAGCGCAAGAUUUGGAUAACAAGUGUCACAAGAGUCGAGCUCUGGUCCAGAUCAAUGUUAUUGACCAGAAUGAUAAUCGUCCAACAUUUCAAAAGAAUAAGUACACAGCCAGGAUUUCCGAGAAUGCUCAAAAUGAUGCUUUUGUUAUAAAGGUAUUUGGCUGCAUAAAACAUAAUAAUAUUUAUACACAAUGGUAAUGCUAUAAUCGUAUCUUGGCUGUUCUAUACAGCCUCUUGGCUGUUCUAUACAGCCAACUUGAGACAUGAUAGAUUUUUAUUUGGGAUUUUUUAACCAUUUUAUUCCAUUUUCCUCAGGUGGUCGCUAUCGAUUUGGAUUCAGGUGAAAACGGGAAAAUCACUUACAGUAUUACCGCUACCACUGCCCCAGGACUUUUCGACAUUGAUGCUGUCUCCGGUGAUGUCACAUUGCAAGGCCCUCUGGACUACGAGACCGUAAACUUGUAUACACUGACUCUAACGGCUAAAGAUAAUGGCUCGCCCAGUUUGAAAUCUACUGUCGUACUGGACAUUUCUGUUCUCGAUGUGAACGAACAGCCAAGCAUCAGUUGUGUUGGAAGUUGUAUUUACACUGUCUCUGAAGGUAGGCUUCAGUCCAAAUGAUUAUAUAUGGAGUGUCUCAAAAAAAACAACUAGACACUGUUUCAUUUCAAAAGCUAUAAUUUAUCGCAAUGAAAUUAAGAUUUAUUCAGACUAACUUAGAUUUUGAUAUAUAACAGCUACAGCAAGCUAUUUCAUUAUUUAUAUUCCCAGGAUAGUUACAUCUUAAUUAAACAUACUGUUUUCCACGUUCUUGGAUCAUCUGUAUCAUAACUCAUGUUUAUUUCUUAUUCCAGCUGCAUCAACUGGUACAUCGAUUGGAAAACUUGCCACACACGAUCCAGAUACGGCAGCAAACUGUUUACUACAGUACAGCUUUCCUAAACCGGCGGCCGACAAGUUCACUGUGUCUAGUAACGGCGACAUCAUAACCACAGCUAGCCUUGACCGAGAGACCUAUCCUCAGUACGUAUUCUAUAUCACAGUUAUGGAUUGUGGCUCACCUCCGCUGACCGAUAGUGUUCGCGUUACCAUCACAGUUGGUGACGUCAAUGAUAAUAAUCCCGUGUUCCCUGGACCGUAUGUCGUGGAUAUGUCUGAGAAUGAAUCACCUCGUAGCAGAGUUGUACAAGUCAAAGCUACCGGUAAACUUCUAACCUUGCAUAACGAGGACCAUCCUAAACUAUCUCUAUUUUUACUGUAAAACUCUAUCAGUUCUAAACUGUUUCCCCUUUGGAUCCAGCAAGUGUCAUAUUUUAUUGAUCCAGUGUUAUUGCAGGAGAAAACCUAAACUAAACUGACUUUAUUUAUACUGGAUAGUUUUAUCAGUUCCAAACUGUUCUCCCUAGAGGUCCAGUAAGGAUCGUCAUUUAUUGAUCAAGUCUUAUUACAGGAGAAAACCUAAACUAAACUAACUUUAUUUAUGCUGGAUAGGUUUAUCAGUUCUAAACCGUCCACCCUAAGUAUUUUUUCUUAUUGAUCCAGUGUUACUACAGGGGGAAACCUAAACUAAACUAACUUUAUUUACACUGAAUAGUUUUAUCAGUUCGAAACUGUUCUCUCUAGAGGUCCAGUAAGGUUUAUCUCUAAUUGAUCCAGUGUUACUACAGGAGAAAACCUAAACUAAACUGACUUUAUUUAUACUGGAUAGGUUUAUCAGUUCUAAACUGCCCACGCUAAGUUUCAUCUCUUAUUGAUCCAGUGUUACUACAGGAGGAAACCUGAACUAAACUAACUUGAUACUGGGUAGCUCUAUCAGAGUGUCGGCGAUUUUCUCGUUCUGAUGGAUGCGAAUAAGUGAACUCGCACCUAAAGGGAUAUAGAAUGGAUUAUUGACAGUCUUUUGCAUGUCAUUCAUUCAAUAACAUCCUCAAGGGGGAGAAAUAUCACCGACAAAAUUGCUAGUAUGAACUAGGCUUAAUAGUGUUCUCACUUUGCUUUUCAGAUGCUGACGAAGGAGCUAACGCCGAGAUAAAAUAUGCAAUAAUUGGAACUGACGCCUCGGACUUUUCAAUCAACAUAGAUGAUGGAACUAUAAUAACAAGUUCAGCACUUGACUAUGAAACAGAGACGACAUACACGUUCACUGUGGUUGCACGAGAUCAAGGAUCUCCCAAUAAGAAUGGUCAGACGACAGUUACAGUAAAUGUUCUUGAUAUUAAUGACAACGCGCCGUCUUUCGUGGGUACACCAUAUGUUGCUAACGUCAAGGAAAACGCCGGACCCGGCACUCAUGUCAUUGAUGUGAAUGCUACUGAUAGCGACUCAGGUAUGUGGUGCUAUUCCUUUCCGACACAACCAGCCCUCGACGGCGAGGGUUAGGUAAUUGAACACUUUUAAAACUAGAAACAUCCAAUGGCCUGCAAUGUUAAACCAAUCUCGUUUAUACAAGAUAGAUCUAUAUAAGAACAAUUUCAUGUUGAUCCAGUGUUACUACAGAAGGAAACAUAAAGUAAACUAACUUUAUUUAUGCUAGAUAGCUCUAUCAGUUCUAAACUGUUUUCUGUAGAUGUUUUUAAACGGGAUAGCUCUAUCAGUUCUAAACUGUUCUCCCUAUAGAAGUCCAGUAAGAGUAAUCUCUUACUGAUCCAGUGUUACUCCAGGAGGAAACAUAAAGUAAAGUAACUUUAUUUAUACUAGAAAGCUCUAUCAGUUCUAAACUGUUUUCCCUGACCCCAGAGAUAAAAGACAAAUGUAUUAACUACUAUGCGACCAAUUCAAUUUUUCAGGACUUGGAGGACAGUUGAAGUAUUCCAUUAUUUCUGGUAAUGUGAGGCUUGGUUUUGCUAUUCAUCAAGACACUGGUCUGAUUACCGUAAACAAUGCUCUCGAUCAAGAAACUACGUAAGUUGUCUGUGAUUCUCUUGUUUACUCUUUGGUUUGGGUUACACACUUGUAUUCUGUUUCCUUGUUUCUCAAGUGAUAUAUAUGAACGAGAAAGCGUUUAUUGCUGACGUCCAACGCACCGAAAAGUUUAUUAAAAACCGAGACACUAGGCGAGUGUUUUCUACAUACGCUCAGGUGUUCUAAACGCCGGUAGUGAACAUCUUUUGAGUUUGUUAUAUUACUUCUCAAACGGACUUGAUUUAAAGGGAAAUGGCAAUAUAUUUUUUUAUUUUCUCGUUUGAAAGAACAUUUAAAACCAUAUAUAAAACUCUUUUACCGUUUUUUCAUAUCUUGCUUACUUCUACAAAUAUUUUAAUCGAAAGAAAUGAAAUGUCCGCCAUCUUGGAUUUUUGUAGAUAUGCAUGUUACGUCACAACAGGGGUCACGCAAUAUUUUUAUCUAGACAACCACUAAUCAUUUUCACUCAAAAUUAUACUCCGUAUGCCCUUGGAAAUAUCAAGAUCACUUGAAACCUUUAAAACAUCUACCAAUCAAUAUUUGGUCAGCAACGAAUACUUUUAUAUGGUUAAUCCCUGUUGUGACGUCACCAAAACUAUCGUUAAUGAGAUAAAAAAUGUAUCCAAGAUGGCUGACAUCUCAGUACUUCAAGUGAAAAUAUUUCAAGAACUAAGCAAGAUAUGAAGAAUCGGUAAAAGAAGUUAUUAAAUAGUUUCAAAAGUUCUUUCAAAUGCGAAAAUAAAAAAAUAUAUUGCCAUUUCCCUUUAAAGAGGAAUUCAAGAGUCAAGACGAUAGUUGAGUUAUGAGUGUUUAUCAUGAAUUGUUGAUUUUGAGAAGUCCAUGUAACUAUCAGAUUUCCAUCUUCUAUUAGGCCAUCCUACACCUUGGUUGUCCAAGCAAAAGACAAUGGCUCUCCGUCACUCAAUAGUCAAACCACAGUCACUAUAACAGUCAGAGAUACGAACGACAAUAGACCAAUCUUUCAAGGAUUGCCGUACACUGCAUCUGUUCCUGAGGACUUCGGUACGAUCCAACCUGUUCUAAAGGUAAGAAGAAAGCCAUAAAAAGCCUUAAUGGAGCUGUUUCAGUUAUCAGGUUAAAUUUAAGCCAGUUAUCAGGUGUAAGGUUUUGUAUGAUAUCUUUAAAGUGCGACAGUGCGACUAACCCCAAAUAUAAUUUUUGGUAUGUGUAAUAUUUGGGCCAUUCCAAGAAGAAAUGUAAUGUAUCUUUAUAGUAAAAACAUCAUUUUGAUCAACUUUUUCACCGUCAAAGUUCCAGAUAUGAUGUCAUUAGGUGAAUUUUUGGUACAAAAAACAAAGGAAAACUAAUUGUUUUUGUUUGUGGAAACACCACGUAAAUUUAUUACUGCAAAGCUUUCGAUCCGUAAGCCCGGAUCUUCAUCAGUGCUAAUAAUAUGUAUGAAGAUCCGGGCUUACGGUUCGAAAGCUUUGCAGUAAUAAAUUUACGUGGUGUUUCCACAAACAAAAACAAUUAUAUUUUAUCGCCAUGCAAACAUUCAAAGAACUUAAAGGAAAACUAAUUUGCAAUUCACCUAAUGACAUCAUAUCCGGAAACUUUGACAGUGAAAAAGUCGAUCAAGAUGGGAUUUUUUAUUAUAAAGAUAUAUUACAUUUCUUCUUCAAAUGACCAAAAUAUUACACAUACCAAAAAUCAUAUUAGUGGUUAGUCGCACUUUAAAGUUUUCUGUUCAAUUGCUUGUCAGCUAUUAGUUCAGCCAUCGUUUGUUUGGAAUGAUCAUGUAAAUUUGUUUUUUUGUUCUCCAGGUGUCUGCGACAGAUGACGAUGCUGGAGUAUUUGGUGCCAUUACGUACAGCAUAGACUCUCCUCCUGUUGCAAAGGAAACAUUCACAAUUGAUAACAAUGGUAAGAAAGAACGCUUUUCUAACACACUGAUGCCAGGCUGUGUUCGCACCGCUUGUUCCCAGCUUGUUGACAAGUUUCUACAGAGUUGAUGACGUAACAGUAUUGCUGUAAAGUCGAUGACACAGAUUGUUUCAACUUAUAUCAGUUUGUGUUUGUCUUACUUGUUCUCAGCUUGACAAAGUAACAGCAUUGUUACACCUUGCAGACUUGCUUGCUACAAACCUGUAGCAAAUACAUCUUGCAAUUUACAAGUACUGGAUAAAACACGAGCAGCCGAUCUGUAUCUGAUAUACAAACUCGAGAUACAGAUCGGAUGCGAAUGUUUAUCGUACUUAAAAAAUGACCCACCUUAUGAGUUCAUUGGCGAAGUAAUUUUAAAAAUAAACAUUGUCUAAGCCGAGAAAAUCAAAGCUGAAGUUUAUGUAAAUCAGGAUAAAUAUUUAUCCGAUUUACAAACAUUGAUUAAACAUUCAUUUCUUAUGUAUUUUCCUCGUGAAUUAUUAAUGAAUUUUUUAAGAGAUGAUAUUUCACAAAUGUAAUGCUACUGUAAGUCUUCCAGUACAUGCUAAAUGCUCUAAGUCUUCCAGUACAUUGUUAUUACAGGGAACAUUCGUGUGAAAACAUCCUUGGACUACGAAACAACGAAGGACUACACUUUCACAAUCGUAGCGAAAGAUGGCGGCAACCAAGCCACUUCAGCAUCUGUCACCAUCUACGUCACUGAUGUGAACGACCACACGCCUCGUUUUGAUCAGAACCCAUACACCGAGUCUUUGUCUGAGAAUCUGAAUUCAGAUCACUUGGUAGGCACCGUCAAAGCAAGUGAUGACGAUUCUGGUCAGCGGGGUUCCGUGACGUAUUCAAUUAUUGGCGGGAAUAUUGGGGGCGCUUUCACAAUCAACGCUAAAGGUGAGUUUUGAUCUGAUCUACAUAUAAACUAACUUUAUUUAUACUGGAUAGCUCUAUGUUCUCCCUAGAGAUGGAGUUAUAUUCAUCUUUUGUUGCUAUAAAGCUAAAGUCACUGUAUUUAUACUGGAUAGCUCUAUCAGUUCUAAACUGUUCUCCCUAGAGGUCCAGUAAGAAACAUUUCAUUAAUCCAGUAUCACUAUGGGAGUAAUCUCUCGCGCAGCUGAGCCCAAAUUAUUGGACAAUCAAACCUGGUCUCUAAGGUGACAGGUUAACAUACACUAAACCUUGUACCACCAAUUCCACACAUUUUCUUCAAUUCAUUCGAGAUAUAAAAUUUCGCCCAACUAGUCCAUUUCUAAACAACAAAACUACUUAACUUUUAGGUGAAGUAAUUGCCGUAAUUCGCCUCGAUCGUGAAACUCGUGAAAUCUACAAUCUAACUGUCGAAGCUAGAGAUGGCGGCUCGCCAGCGAAAAGCUCGACGACUAAAGUGGACAUCACGGUGCUGGACGAGAACGACAACACACCAUCUUUUGACAAUACCUUCUACUCGUUGAGAAUUAGCGAAAACAACGCCUUGGACGCAGACGUUGGACAAUUUGGACCUGCCACGGAUAACGACAAAGGUUUGAAUGGCGAAAUUGUAUACACCAUCUUAAGUGGUGAUCCUAAUGGUGAUUUUGAGUACGAUGGUACAACCGGCAUGCUGAAAGCAAAGAAGGUCCUAGACCGUGAAAACACCUCAGUGUAUAGUCUUGGGUUUGAAGCUAGGGAUAGGGGCACGCCGUCUCGUUCGUCCACAGUUGUUGUACAAGUGAUGGUUGACGACAAGAAUGAUAAUUCUCCCAUCUUCACCAAUAAUCCAUAUAAUUGCGAGAUUGAAGAAAAUUCCGCCACAAAUUCCCGAGUUUGUUUUGUCCUUGCCUUGGAUAAGGACGCCGGGGGAAAUGGUGCAGUCACUUACGCGCUGGUUACACCAAGUACUACCUUCAGUGUCGAUCAGGUGGGUCUAAACGCUGUUUAUAAUGCACCUGCAAUUUCUGCUGCGAUUUUUUUCUUCUGAUGAAUGCAAAUUUACCUAUGGGGAAUUCCAUUGUAUUUGUACCCAUUGCAAAUUUACCUAUGGGGAAUUCCAUUGUGUUUCCACCCCUUGCACUAUUGUGUUUCAUUAUGGCAUUGUUAACACCUUGGAGAGGUCUUUUGAAUAACUAACAUUUUGACUUUAAGUGUUUUCCGUUUGCUGUCACCAGUACGUCAAUCGUAAGGUCCUUUAAAUCUAACCUCUACUUCUUCCCCUCUCUUAGGAUGAUGGUGAGAUCAAAGCGUUGGUAACAUUAGACAGAGAGAGUACCCCCUCGCAUACUUUUGAUAUUAUUGCAACAGACAAAGGUUCUCCAAGUAAGAGCUCAACUGUAACAGUAAACGUUAAAGUUCUGGACAAGAAUGAUAAUGAACCACUAUUCGACCAACCCUCGUACAGUUUUGCUGUUGGUGAAGAUGCCAACGUGAACGAUGUGGUUGGACGAGUUCGUGCCGAGGACAAAGACGAAGGAUUGAGUGGCGAGGUGGUUUACAGCAUUACUGCAGGAAAUACAGGCACUGCGUAAGUAUAAUGUAGACACUUUAACUUUGUUCUCAAGGCUAGAUUACCACUAACGGCACCUACCUCCAAUUUCUGAUACUAUGCUGUUAACAUUGACGACUGACCAAAGUUCAACUACUUGUGGCUAGUGCUUGUUUAGUAUGUUACUCCUUUCGUCAAUUUAGUCUUUUGUUUAUUCUCUUUUAUAGAUUUUCAAUCAAUGCCACAGGCUUUAUUGCAGUCAAGUCUAGUUUAGAUCGUGAGUCCAUCCCUAGCUACAGACUGACUGUUCGAGCCGCUGACCGUGGUACACCGUCUCAAUUCUCCAGUCGUGACGUCAUCAUCACAGUGACGGAUGUUAAUGACAACGAUCCAAUCUUUACCGCUGACCAGUAUAAUGGCACGAUCGCAGAAGACGCUUCUGUUAGGUCCCCAGUUGUGCAGGUAUAAUCCUUUCUUAUUUUGUAUUUUUGUUUACGACUUUUCCCCAUACCGUGUGUGCAAUAGACCUUUCCCCUUUUAAGUGAAAUUUUGAUCUAGAUAAGCCUGGACAAAAAUUUCAUCACAGCUUGAAAGAGCGUCACAAAAUUAAUAAUAUUCCAAAGUUUCGUUGCGAAAUGUUGUAAAAUGCGGAUAAUAUAGCCUUGCGAAGUUUGCCGUUUUUCAGUCAUUUUGUAUUACAAAUGGGAAAUUGGUAAUCAGUUUGAUCAUUAAUGAUCAUUUGUGAUGCAAAAUGACUGAAAAACGGCAAACUUUGCAAGUCUAUAUUAUCCGCAUUUUACAACAUUUCGCAACGAAACUUCGGAAUAUUACUAAUUUUGUGAUGCUCUUUCAAGCUGUGAUGAAAUUUUUGUCCAGGCUUGUCUAGAUCAAAAUUUCACUUAAAAGGGGAAAGGUCUAUUACAUUACUUAAAAUACGAAUGCAUUUAAUGCCCGUAUUCUAAAAGCUCACUCACACUCAAAGAGUGGAGGUUCAAUCUGAGCUUCUCUUGAGUGUCAAUGCUGUUUUUGAAUAGCUGGAGGGCGAGUAGUCACAUAGUAAGGUACGACACUAACCCUCCAGCUAUUCAAAAACAGUAUUGACACUCAAGAGAAGCUUAGAUUGAACCUCCACUCAUUGAGUAUAAGUGUGAGUGAGCUGUUAGAAUAGGGGCGUACAGUAAGUAAUCAAAUUUACCAACUAUUUAACAGUUAUUCUACGAACUCGAGUCGAAUAUGAGCUGAUAGCCGAUGAGGCGCGUAGCGCCGAGUCGGCUAUCGCUCAUAUUCGACGAGAGUGAGUGGAAUAACUGUUUUAUUAUAUACACAAGGUCUGAAUUCACCGACUUUGGUUUUCGGAUAUUUUCAAUAUUUUUCUAUUUUGUUUAUGUUUUUAUCUUCGCUCUUUCGGCCGAUUAUUUCUUCAAAAAUAUAUAUUUUUAACCAUUUUAAAUUUUAAAAAUUCAUUUGCUAACCUGUAAACAAUUUGUGCGAGUUUUUUCAUUGUGUUUUUAAUCCUGUAAAGGCUAUAAAAAGCGAACAACUUGCCGUUUUCUCGUUCGCAAAAAUCGGAAAUUCAGUUUGAGCCGCCAUUUUGUUUUUCUUUACUAGUAGGAUAUGAGCUAAUAUCCUGCUGGUAGAGAACCAAUCAGAUUGCAGAAUAACUCAUAUCCAGACCUUGUGUAUAUAAUAAUUUGUUGAUAUGGUUAGUUUUAGCCGUGAAUAUUGAAGCUGCACUAUACCAGGUAGCUUUGCCUAGCGGCGGGUGAAAAAACACCUAAACGAGGAAUAUUGCAACGGAAUUAUUUUUUCGGAGGUAUUAUUGAAACAUUGUUUCGUUCAGCUUCUGAAAGUUGCACAAAGUUAUCCAGCACAAUGUAAACGUAGCGUAAAGGCUAAUUUCCACUCAGGAAAAUUAUCCGUGGAUUGGAACGGACAAGAAAAUUUUUCUUUCUCUUAUGAGCUCUGGGUUGGAACUAAUGACUUUGACACAGGGAAAAAUUUUCUUGUCCGUUCCAAUCCACGGAUAAUUUUCCUGAGAGGAAAUUAGCCUUAAGUGUGUGAUGCCGUGUUGCUCUAGCUCAAGACAAUAUCGUUGUUUCAGGUAAAAGCAACAGAUGCUGACGAGGGAGUGAACAGUCAAAUCAAGUAUAGUAUAACUGGCGGACAGAACCGUGAACACUUUAGCAUUGAUGAAGAUUCUGGUUUUAUCAGUACUGCGACUAAACUGGACUACGAGAGCACGAAAUCAUAUUUACUUACUGUUACAGGUAUUGUGUUGUGUUGUGUUGUAUUGCAUUGUAUUGUAUGUAUUGUAUGAUUGAUGAAGUUAGUGGUUGAUGGGCAAAUCGCCUGCCUUAUGCUUCAUUCCACUAAUAAUAUUUCACUUCUAUUAAUUAUAGCCAGUGAUGGCGGCAACCCAAAAAGAACGGACACAGCUCAAGUCAGCAUUGCGGUUGAAAACACCAACGACAAUGCGCCGAUAUUUGAACCCGGUUCACCUAUCGCCCACGUGAGCGAAGCCGUUGCCAUAGGAACGAAUGUAGUGAAAUUCAACGCUACCGACCAAGACGGGAACUUGUUGACUUUCCUUAUAACUUCUGGUAACACAGGGAAUACAUUCAGUAUUGAUAAAAACACCGGAGUAUUGACUACCAAUGCAAGCUUGGAUCGGGAGACAAUUCCAAGAUAUAAUCUCACUGUUACUGUGACAGAUCAAGGGCAAAGUUCCUCGAGAGAUCUCAUUGUUAUUGUGACGGAUGUGAAUGAUAAUGAGCCUCGUUUUGAUCCAGCGUCGUAUUCCGUUAAUGUCACAGAGAAUAGCAAUGCAGGUACGUAUCGCACUGACCUCAAACGAUAACUAGAUAGUUCACAUAUGAAGACCUAAGUGAUUCCAGUUAUUACUGAAGACCACCAAUAUAAUAGUGUGUUUUUAUGGAGGAUUUUACUGAGAAAAUAAAACAUGAUAACCUGUGAUGAUUAUAAAUGAAUGUUUAACUACGAUAUUUUUUUCAGGUGCUGUAGUAACUGUAACAGCGACAGACAAUGAUGAAGGCGACAACGCUAAGAUCACUUACUCGAUCGAUUCUACCUCUAAGGGGAAAUUUACUAUCGAUGCCACAACCGGGGAAAUCUCUACCAAAGCACCGCUGGACUAUGAAGAGAGCCCACUUUACGUGAUUACUGUGACAGCAAAAGACUCUGGGACACCUGCAUUAUCAUCCACCGCAAUGGUCGUUGUGACGGUUAAAGACUUGAAUGAUAACAAUCCUCAUUUCCCAAGUGACUAUUCUACGUCAUUGCGUGAGAAUACCGCCGAAGGCACGGUGAUACGGGUUGAGGCGAAGGACCUUGAUUCAGGCGUUAAUGGAGAGAUUGAAUAUAUGAUUACUGGUGGUAAUGUCGGGAGGUGAGUUUGGUUUUUACCUCCGCCAGGAAUUUAUAUUUUUAUCUGCAUUUGUCUGUGUGGGUAUUUGUUUAUCAGGGAAAGGUUGUUCAAAUGUUGGUUAGCGCUAACCCUGGGUUAAAAUUUAACCUGCUGUUUUAGUUUAUGUAUUUAUACACGUCUGUUUAUUUCAAAACUUCAGAGAAGUAAACUCCUAUCGAUCCAGACAAGAUCUCUGAAGAAAUAUUUCCAAAUUUUGUAGACAAGCUGUGAGGAAGUUUGCUUUGAAUUUUAAGUUAACCUAGGGUUAAACUAACCCAGCUUUGAACAACCGGCCCCAGCACAAUAACUUAUCAAACGUAUUACAAAAAUAUCUGAUGGCCAUUGCCCAAGGACAAAUUGAUUGAAUUUUGGUUCAGUGUGGUUGGAAAUUGGAUGAAAAAUUAGCAAAAGUUUAUCUUGAAAUCCCUUUUGGAAACGAGUGAGGGACUGGUCAUAAUUUAGCAGGAGGGGUGGGGAGGUGGAAACAGUGGGGGGUCACAUAUUUUUUAGCCAGGAAAAAAGGGGGUUCAUAAAAUAUUAGACAGUUUAUGAAGGCGGGGAGGGGGUCUGUUGUUUUAGUUCAAUUGAUUGUUUUAUACAUGCCUUCUCACAUUUUGUUUGAGUUGCAUUGAAAAAAAUUGAUUCUUUAAACUUAAAAUGAAAAGUUUGAAAAAACGAAAGUUUUAUAUAUGACUAUGUAUUGGUAUAAUAUAAAUUUUAGUAUUUGAUUUGAAGUGCAACUAGAAAAUUAGAAAGUGUAAUUAAAAAAAUUAUUGAAUGCAGGGUUUAAUAGUAGGUAGGUACAUUUUUACUGACACGAGCAAGAGAGGGGGCAUUAUUUUUCCGGGUUAUGGCAAAGCAGGGUCACAAAAUAUCAUUCCUUAAAAUCUUGAAUUACACCUCCCCACCCCACCCCCCCUGAUAAAUUAUGACCAGUCCCUGAUCGUAUUUUAUACUUCGAAGUCUAAAACUCCACUUUUCUCAUCCACAGGUUCUUUAGAAUUAGGAAAUUUGAUGGGAUCAUAGAGGUCGCCAAUCCUCCAGAUCGAGAACAAAAUCCAUCAUUCACCCUUACUGUCACUGCCAGCAACAAAGUUCCUGCAGAUUCCUCAGCGCCUUCGACUAAAUCCACGGCAACGGUUGCCAUAACAAUCCUUGACGUCAACGACAAUGCCCCAAUCAUAACCAACACUGAGACAUCAGUUGAAAUUCAAGAAAAUUCUCUCAAAGAUACUCCAGUUGUUGAUGUAAAUGCCACUGAUAGAGACAUUGGAGUGAACAGCGAACUUGAGGUCAGUUGGUUGAACUAAUGUAUGAAAUAUUCUUGCACAUUUUUCAUACCAAGCUUGACUAUUGGAUAUUUGGGAUAUUUUGAUUGAAAGCAAUUAGCUAUCCGCCAUCUUGUAUUAAUUCUUAACCUCGUAGCUUUGCUACGUAAAAUGAAAAUCCUGAAUAAUCCAACAUGGCGGACAGCUCACUGUUUUCAGUCAAAAUAUUUCAGGGAUGAAACAAGAUAUGAAAAAGCUGUAAAAAUUCUUAAUAUUAAUUAUUGCCAAUGCCAUUGCCAAUGUCCUUUAAGAAAUGUAGUCAUACUAUUCCUUUUUUUGUUACUAUAGUAUGAAAUUGUGGAUGGUAAUAUCGAUGAUGCCUUUGCAAUCGACACAGCGACUGGUUUGAUAACAGUCCAGGGAGGAAUAGAUCGCGAAACUCACGAAUCAUACACGCUCAAUGUUCGUGUUUCUGAUAAAGGAAACCCAAGUCUGUUUUCUGAGAAAGAAUUCUUGGUGAACGUCACAGAUUUAGAUGACAAUAUUCCUAAAUUUACCGCAACGUCUUAUGAAGGUGAGUUUUGGGGUGAGGGUGGUGUAUUGCUAUGGUAGGAUAUAGUGUGGUAUGGUUACUUGGUAUGGCGUGGUGUGCUAUGGUAGGAUGUAGUGUGGUAUGGUAUAGUGUGGUAUGGUAUAAUAUAGUGUGGUAUCAUAUGGUAUGGUGUGAAUAUGGUAUGGUAUGAUAAUGUAUAUGGUAUGGUAUAGUGUUGUAUGGUAUGGUAUGGUAUGGUAUGUUAUGUUAUGUUAUGGUAUGGUAUGGUAUAGUGUGGUAUAAUGUGGUAUGGUAUGGUAUGGUAUAGUGUUGUAUGGUAUAGUGUUGUAUGGUAUGGUAUGGUAUGGUAUGUUGUGGUAUGGUAUGGUAUGGUAUAGUGUGGUAUAGUAUGGUAUGGUAUGGUAUGGUAUAGUAUGGUAUGGUAUAGUGUGGUAUGGUAUGGUAUGGUAUGGUAUGGUAUGGUAUAGUAUGGUAUGGUAUGGUAUGGUAUGGUAUAGUAUGGUGUGGUAUGGUAUAGUGUGAUAUGGUGUUGUAUGUAACGAAAUAUACGUAAUUAAAUAAGUAACCUUGCUUUUAGGUUCUGUGAGCGAAGCUGCAAAUGUCUCAACAUUUGUGGUCCAAGUCUUGGCAUCUGAUAAAGAUACUGGAGCUAACGGAAAAUUAAAGUUCUCCAUCGUAUCUGGCGAUGACCAGAAACAUUUCAAAAUCGACCAAGACACUGGAGACAUCCGUACCAAUGCGCUUCUCGAUUUCGAAACCAUCCCAACAUACACUCUGGUGGUGAGAGUCGAGGAUAAAACCCAUAACGUUCAAACUAAUGUGGUGAUACGGCUUAUCAAUAUUAACGACAAUAGCCCUAUCUUUAAUCCUGCGCAAUACCAAGAAAGCAUAGCGGAGAAUCGAGCGCAAGGAGACGCGUUCCUCACCAUAACCGCUACAGACAGAGAUGCAUUCGGUGGUCUUACAUACACCAUCGUCAGUGGUAAUACAGACAGUAGAUUCACUCUUGAACCAGGAAGCGGAAAGCUCCGAGUUGCCGGCGAGUUAGACCGAGAAACUACCGAUUUUUACAACCUUACCGUACGAGUUACCGAUGGCGGUGCUCCGGCUCGUUCCGACACGGCCUUCGUAGAGAUUCAAAUUACGGACAUUAACGAUAACCCGCCGAGGUUUAAUACAUCACGUGAACAAGUGUCUGUACGGGAAAAUUCCGGUGUCGGAACUCCGGUACUGAGGGUAUUUGCUGAGGAUAGGGAUAUUGGUCUGAAUGGCGAGGUGAAGUAUGACAUCACUGAUGGAAAUGAUGAUGGAUUGUUCAUGUUAGGAGAAACGUCUGGAAUACUGACUGUGAAUGGGAACAUUGACAGGGAAACAGUCACCAGUUUCAGGUAUGACAUUUGUAUUUUUCCCACGUGUGUACCCUCUCUUCUGACAAGUAAAUGCGUCAGUUCCACUGACCAGACAUCUAAGACUGGAUCGAGUGUAAUUUUGAAUUCAAUGAGCCAAUUUUGAAGUCCGAAUAUUUUUAACGAGAAGAGAUUUUUAAAUCUGUCAAAUUAGAUUUUUUAGCGUAACUAUCAAGAAAAUGGCUUUACUUUUGUAGCUUAAAAGAUAUAGCUUCCCACACCUCUGGUAACGUAUUUUAGAACGAUUUAUACGCUAGAUAACGAGACUCUGCCAUAUAGGCAAUUCCAGCUUUUAGUUUAUGCGUGCAGGGGAUGACGGGAAGUAAGGUAUCAUAUCGCUGAUUAUGCUGAAAAAAUAAAAAUGGUGGCCGUGUAAACAAGGAGUGAUAGCUUAUACUUGUAAAUAUUGAAAUAUUUCGGUGGUUUCGGCAGUUUUUAUUGAAAUUUUUCAGUAUAAUUAGCAAUAUGAUACCUUACUUCCCAUCAUCCCCUGCGCGCAUAAACUAAAAGCUGGAAUUGCCUAUUGGUGUGACGUCAUUAGUUAUUCGCCAGGGCACGGUUGUUGAAAGCUGGUUUAGUGCUAACCCUUAGUUGAAAUCCAAACUUCAGAGAAGUAAUCUUCUAUCAAACAAGAUUUCUGAAGAAAUAUUUCCAUGUUUAUAACAAGCCGUUUGGAAGUUUGCUUAGAAUUUUAGGUUAACCUAGGGUUAAUCUAACCGGAUUUUGAACAAUCAGCCCCAGCAAUACAGACCCCUGAACCUUGCAUUUAACUUAUUAGACUGGAGAUUGUGGCGCAAGACAAAGGCACAACCCCUUUGAAAUCAUCUCCUCUCGUUGUUGACAUUGAAGUCCUCGAUGCUAAUGACAACAGUCCUCUAUUCACGAAAGACAGUUAUACACGAGGUAUUUCUGAGACCAGUUCUAUUGAAUCGUUCGUUGAAGAAGUACAAGCGUUGGAUGCUGAUAUUGGUGUGAACGGCCAGGUUGUCUACUCGCUGUUGAACGGCACAGAAUAUUUCAAAAUUGAAAAUGAAACCGGUAUGUUUUUUAAUGUUGUUGGUAUUGCUUUUAUGCAAACUAAAUUUGUAUUUAUUUAAAAUAUCUAAUUCUCUUUCGCAGGUGUCAUAUCAACAAUCGUUACUUUAAACAGAGAAGCCGUUCCCUUUUAUACCGUAAUAGUCCUUGCAAAAGAUCUUGGCACCCCAUCACGAAAUUCAACCACAUCGCUGAGAGUCACUGUUCUGGACGCCAACGAUAAUCCCCCGGUGUUCGACCUGGCGACACUCUGGGCGAACGUCACCGAAGAGCAACCGAAGGGUCUGUUCGUGAUACGAGUGGUGGCGAACGAUGCCGACGAGGGUAUGAACGCGGAAAUUGAGUACAGAUUACAAUCCAAUGGAAAACAGUUUUUGAAAAUUAAUUCCACCACUGGAGUUGUGACCACGCUGGAGCUAUUUGAUUUUGAGGUUCAGAGAAAUCACACUUUUAAAGUUACUGCAUCUGACAAAGGUAGGAUCCAUGUUACUAGAGGGGCAUCUGGGAACAGUGGAGCAGUGGCGUAACUCCUAUGAGCUCUACCCGCUAAAAGCCGGGGGCACCCAGGCAAACAGGCUUCCAGGGGGGCACCCUGAACUGAGUUCUCCGGGGGCCUUGUUCAUCUAAGGUUGUACGUGCAUAAGUACAGUGGCAAACAUUUCACUGUUUAUGUCAAAAACAAUUUCUGCAUGGUGUUAUUUCUGCAUAGUUGUGUUUUUUGUUGUUGUAUAUUUUGCUAUAUAUUUAUAUUUCCAGUUCAAGAUACCACUAAAAUUCGCUUCUAAACGACCAGCAAAAUGUUCAUAUUGUAAGAGCUUCAUGGUACUUUAAAAGGAUCUAGAAUACCCCUGGGGCACCCAAUUCCGGUAGGACCAGGGGCAGGCUGGUCCAAACUUACGCCCCUGCAGUGGGGGCAUUUUCGGGUGUGUAUUUUAUACAUUUUUACACCUAACCACAAGCAUCCGAGUAAAAUGCAACCAGCUUCGAUUCUUGCCAGAGGGUCUAUAGUUUUAUUUUUCACAACUGUUUCUGGUUAGGUCUAAAAAAUGUAUAAUUUCACACUCGAAAUGGACCAUUUGCAUUAUAGACUGAAUUUUGAUCUGGACAAAAAUUUCAUCACAGCUUGAAAAAGCAUCACAAAAUUAGUAAUAUACCAAAGUUUCGUUGCGAAAUGUUGUAAAAUGCGGAUAAUAUAGCCAUGCGAAGUUUGCCGUUAUUCAGUCAUUUUGUAUUACGCACAAUCGGGUGUUGGGGCAUCAAUUUCCCGUUUGUAAUACAAAAUGACUGAAAAUUGCAAAUUUUGCAGGGCUAUAUUGUCCGCAUUUUACAACAUUUCGCAACGAAACUUUGGAAUAUUACUAAUUUUGUGAUGCUCUUUCAAGCUGUGAUGAAAUUUUUGUCUACUGUACAUCAAAAUUUAGUUUAUAAUGCAAAUGGUCCAUUGCCAUGGACAAAACCUUCACCUAUAGACAGGAAUCAAUUCCGGUGUCGCGCUCUAACCAACUGAGCUACAGAGACGAGUUAUUCACAAACAUUCGUUAAAUGUUAUAUCACCUCAACUAUUGAAUUAUGUACUAUUGAAACAUGGGUUAUACUUUAUACAGCUGGUACAAAACUAUACACGCGUGAUACGAAAAAUUGCUUCAAACUCUUGCAAACUUCAGAGUGGUGAUUUUAGUGGGUUGGUGAUUUUAGUGGCCAAAAACUAGGUAGGAUUGGGAAAUCGGAAACCCAAGGGGUUUUAUUGGCCUAACUAAUAUUUGACGUUGUUGCACAAUGUUUCAUCUGUUAAAUAUUUAUUUUUCAGGAAAUCCAUCGCUUUCUACAACAGCGUCUCUGCACAUCAACGUCGUGGACACGGAUGACAACUGUCCUGUGUUCAACCCGAAGGAGUACAAUGUAACCAUCCAGGAAAACCGACCUCUUGACCUGACCAUUGUUACUGUGCAUGCGACGGAUGUGGACACGGUUGGAGAGCAGAGCUUAGAGUAUGGUAUUCGAGAAGGAAAUGACGAUAAUACCUUCAGAAUAGAGCGCUACACAGGUUAGUUGGUUUGAAAUUAAACUAUAGUUGCUUGUGUGAUGUUACUUUGAGUGCAUAUCCACACCGGGCAGGCUUGAAAAAUAUGCCUGGCCACGGUGGGAUUCGAACCUACGACCUUUGGAAUACUAGCCCAAUGCUCUGCCAACUGAGCUACGCGGUCAGGUCGGUUCUGAGUACAUUACACCAACACAGUAAACUAUAGUUGUCUAAGCAGAUAUAGUAUAAUUAACAAUUUUAUUGUAUCCAAUUCCCUUGCAGUACUUCCUCUUCGCCCCUUGUUUUAUCUGGUUGAAACAACUUUCUUUUAAUGUCAUAACAUUUUAGGUGAGAUUAAGUCUCGGAACUUUGUAGACCGUGAAACUGCAAGCGAAGUGAACUUGGUCGUGAGAGCUGGGAAUGAAUUAUGUGGUGUUAACCUGACGGGCGACACUGGUGAGUUAUAUGUGUGUGUCUUAUCGCAGGAUUGUAGAUUGUGCUGCAUGAACUGAAUGAUUAUGAUUAUUCAUCUCACAUCGGCUUUGUAUUGUGGAUUAUACAUGUACAUGGCCGCGGAGAGAAUUCCCGGGGCAAAUCUUCUCUGGGAGCCCCAUGACAUCAUUAUUUUUAAGCUAGACCCAAGUCAGUCACCUAACUAAACCAUAGCUAGACUGCAUGUGGAGCCACUGUGAGGGGCCCUCAAUUUCAAAAAUGCUCUGACCAAAGAACCUACUUAAUUUUUUGGGCUCUCGCUGUCAAGUUGGGGCCCUAUUAAGGUGGGAACCCGGGGCAAUUUGCCCUUGCCCCCCCCCCCCCUCUCGGCGGCCCUGGACCUCUAAUUUUUAUUUUGGCCAUUCUCUAGACGAACUUAUCGAGAAGAGAUUAUCAAAGUCUAUCGCACGAGUUAACUUAUUUGUAACGGAUCUGAACGACAACCCUCCAAAGUUUCUGCAAGAUUCUUACACACAUCAACUGCUUGAUAUCUAUGCUAACACUGUGCUGUGGUUGAAUGCAACUGAUCCCGACGUAGGAGUGAAUGCCGAGUUCGAUUUUGGAUUGCAUGGAGUAACUAGGGUAAGUGAGGGAUUAAGUAGACGAUAAAGCAGGGGUAACUGGGGUAAAUGAGGGAUUAAGUAGAAGACUAGAUGGGGUAACUAGGGUAAGUGAGGGAUUAAGUAGACGAUAAAGCAGGGUAACAAGGGUAAAUGAGGGAUUAAGAGAAGACUAGAUGGGGUAACUAGGGUAAGUGAGGGAUUAAAUAGACGAUAAAGCAGGGUAACAAGGGUAAAUGAGGGAUUAAGUAGAAGACUAGAUGGGAGUAACUAGGGUAAGUGGGGGAUUAAGUAGAGUUUAGAGUAGGAUUAACUAGGAUAAGUGAGGCACAGGGAUACAAAGGUAAGGAAAUUGGUUUAAUCGUUAAUCGGCACCGCAUUGAUUCACAUCCUUGAACGAACGGUUGCAUGUUCAGCAAAUUUGACUUUUGUGUUUUCUACAGGUUGGUGUUAAACGAACUUUGACAGUGACAGCAACGGAUAAAGGGGUUCCACAACAGACUUCUAAUACUACUGUUGAAGUAAUAGGGUGAGUAUAAAAUAGAUAAUAUUGUUGGUAGUAACAUUGGCAUAGUCUAUGUGUUUUUCGUCUUGGUGUCCAGGGUUUGAUUCUUGCAAUAUACAGUGGUCUGAUUAUAAUUUCACCUUAGUCUCGUGUAAGAAGAGCGCUUCCAGUUUGACUCCACCAAACGCCGCUUGUUUCCCCCAGGUACUCCAGUUUCUUGCUGUAGUAACAGUGGAAUAAUACUGAGGUACCCCCCCCCCCCCCUUACUGGACCUCUAGUAACCACUGUUACAGAAAAUAGAUAAGGCUAACAACUGCUAUUAAACUGUAAAGUAAAAUUUGUAUUGAUGAACUUGCCUUUGUUUCUUUCUAGCGAAAACUGCGAGGCGAUGACGUUCUCAGUUUCGCCCCGUGGUAAUGUGUCGAUGAAGACAUUGUGCAGGUUUGACCGAACGUCGAUAACCGGCAGUGAUUUAGUUGGGGAAAAAAUUACGGUAAGUGUUUUCUUUGGGUUGGUGGAACAAUAAUGUGUGCACGUGUUUUUCAUCUCAGGGCCUGAUCCCUGUAAUUUACUACAACUCUGAAAUUUCAGUUUAGUACAACUAAUCGUCUUUCAAAUAUGUUGUAGCUCGACUGUCGUGCUAUAGGCAACACCAUACCUGAGUAUCGUUGGACAAAAUCUGGCGUCCACGUCACAGAUUGGCAAAAUACUGGUGUCUUUGAGAUCAGAUCUUUACGCAAAGAUAACGCUGGUGUAUACUCUUGUAUUGCAUCGAGUGAAGCAGGAAAUAUCGUGUCUAGAUCUAUCACGAUUUAUGCAAAUGGUUAGUUAUAUAGUGAAAGGGAUUGCAACUCAAGUAGAGUAGAUGUGGUACCCCUUCCCCCCUGGCCAAGGGUAAGGGGGUUGAGCAUCCCCACCCCUCUGAACAUACCUUUUUCCACCUCACCAAAACUUAAUCCUGAGGUUAAUGCCUUCUGAAUCCUGAGUCCUGAAUCCUGAAAUUAAUCUUGAGGCUAAGGCCCCCAAUACGUGCAUCAAGAGAUUCUGUUUCGGGUGGGUUGGACAGUGAACCACAGUGUGUGUGUGUGGUUGACACUAAAGUUUGUAAUUGCAUUGGUUGUAUUAGCUGUCGGAUUUUAUAUACUUGCGUUUAAAUCUCAGCAAAACCGUAAUCCUCUGUAACUAUUUUUGCUUUCCCCCCAGAGCCUGCCAAGAUUGCAGUUCCACCGAAAGAGAUCCAUGCUCAGAUCGGACGAGCGGCCACGUUGAGUUGCCGAGCAACCGGAGACGAACCAAUCACGUACUCGUGGUACAAAGAUGAUGAGAAACUGCUGUCAAAUGCUGAAAUUGAUUACAACAAACCUGAUAUUGUUUUCAAAGAAAUAUUAAACACGGAUACAGGAGGUUAUUCGUGCGAAGUUAAGAAUGCCUUUGGAUCUCAGAAAUCCAAGCCAGCCGUGCUACAUGUGUAUGGUAAGUUGAGAGCACCUCUGCAUAUAGCAACUGCAGGGGUCGAAAUUUAACUUUUUUUGUACUAUACAGCCGAAAUAGUAGAUUUUUAUAUUUACUAUUCCGUCUGAAGAUCCACUAUUCCUUAACUAAUUAAUGUACUGUUUCUGAUUUUCAUGAAAUCAUCCUUGAGAUUCCUAAAGUGAACUGAAUAAUUGAAUAACAAAAAAUAAACAUGUACAGUCAGUGAUGAACAAAUUAUUAAUAAAAAACAAAGUUCAAACACUGAAAAACACUUUGUUGCGAAGUUUGCAGCAUGAGCUCCACCUUUGAAUUUACUAUAUGAGUAAAUUCUUAAACACGUCCGAAUUUAUCAUUAUGAAAAUUCGCGGCAAAUUUUGAAUUUAUCAUAAUAAUAAAUUCGCGGCACCUAACACUAACCCUAACCACUAACCCCUAACCACUAACCCCUAACCCCUAACCCUAACUUUUUUAACUUUUUAGUUUUUUUUAACUUUUUUAACUUUUUAAAAAUCUAACUUUUUAAACUUUUUUAAAAACUAUUUUUUUAAAAAACUUGAAAAACUCACUAAAAUAUAGCCCUGCGAAAUUUGCAAAUUUUGUAUUAAUUUGUAUUACGCGCGGGAAAAUGUACCACAAAUGGACCGAAUAUGGUGCAUUUUCCCGUGCGUAAUACAAAUUAAUACAAAAUUUGCAAAUUUCGUAAGGCUAUAUUUUCCUCAUUUUACAACAUUUCGCAACCAAACUUUGCAAUUUUACUAAUUUUAACAUGCUCUUUCUAGCUGUGGUGAUGGAUUUUGUUCUUCUUGCCUAGAUCAAAAUUUAGGCUAUAAGCUCGAUUUACACCACACAACUUUUGCCUAAAACUGUCGCAUGCAACCUGCUUACAACUUGAGUUAUACUUCCAAGACUGAGACAUUCUUUCUUAUUUUUAUAGCUGUAUCGGCAGCAGGAAUUUAAACAGCCAAAAGAAAUGUGUAACAUCACCGCGUGUUCGUCGGAUCCUUGCCGUAACCAGGGCAAGUGUAUCGUUAGAGGAGCCGGGUUUGUUUGUCAGUGUCCACGAGGAUGGGGCGGCCUGUUUUGUGAACAGGAUUCCAAUGAAUGUGAAACUUGCACCGGGAGUGUCUGUAUUACGUCUAAAGGUAAGUCGUGUGAUCUGAAACACGGAAAUGUUUUGGGGUGAGAUGUUUCAGAAUUUAAUCAAAAGCCCUUGAGGCCUACUCACGGAUAAGAUCAAAUUGAAAGUGACAGAAAGAAUUAGAGCAGUUUGCAGUUGUUUUUGCAAACGAGCACCGUGCGAAUUUUGCCAUUUGUCGUGCUUCUUUUGCCAAAUCAAAAGAACGAACACGCAUUCGCCCGAUUUCCGGUUCUAAAAGGCCCGAUUCGCAGGCAAACAGUGCGCGCAAAGCAGGCUGGUCAUUUCCCAUUGUUUAACUGUCCCACACUCAAGCCUGGUUCACAUAUGCCUGCGGUAUGCCUGCGACUGUAUCAUUAUGCCUCUACUUGCCGCCGAAAUACCGGCAAAGUUGAACUCAAGACAACUUUCCCGGCCUACCGCCGAUGUAACUGUGGCACUGGAGGGCAAUCGGCGAACAAAUAUUCACAUAAUUUACGUUUUAAGCUACCACCGGCAUCGUCGCCGGUACGUCGCAGGCACGUCGCAAGCAUAUAUGUGAACCAGGCUUCAAGUAACCACAAAGACUGACUUGUUGCUUUGCAACAUCCGUGAGUCAAACAGAAAUUCAACGCCGACUAAUUUGUGAACAUUGUUCCCCCAUUGUUCAUCACCCAUUGAUCCGACUGCACUUAUGCAAAGGGUUGUCGACUUACUCAGUCACAUUGUGUUUCCAUAGAAACCUGUCAAAACAAUGGCACAUGUGUGAACAGGCAAGGAAGUUUCUCGUGUGCAUGUCCUCCAAACUCUAAAAUCACCGGUAAACUGUGUCAGUUUACGGAGAAAGUUUGUACGGACAAAUGCCAAAAGAACGAGACGUGCUACCCCAAGGAAAAUCAAUUGGGUUACGAGUGUAUUGCCAAUCCUUUGACCGUGUCCAUGGAGUAUCCGUUGGAUACCAGUCAAAGACCAUUUCAAGAUUGGAUGAAAUAUGAUAUUGCUCAAAAUGUUGAGAAUGCUAUUGUUACCAGUGGUCUUAAUGAGG